AAUAGUUUCAGUUCAAGCUUUUCCGUAUUCUUGAACUUAGCAAUGUUUCUUAUCCUCCUCAAGUUGGAUUCAGUUUCUUUAUCUAAGUCUAAGGCACAAACAGAAACAAUUCUCGAGGCAUCAUCUUGUAGCUGCAGAGCCUAUAGCCUUCGAUAAUGAUAAAGGAAUAGAAGGACAAAGGUUGGCCGCUGUCCGCAACUUCUUAUUUUCGGCAGCUUUAAAAAGACUUUUACCUUUCGAUCCAUCCGCUGGUUUUGCAAUCUUCAAGUCUCUGCCCUACUUGAAGAUAAAAUAUGAGAAGAUAAAACGCCUGUCUGGUGGACCAAUGGGAGAAAUCCUAUCAGAAACGAAAGACCUGAUGAAAGAGUAUAUGAACCGAUCAGUUUUCGAUGAGACUCAGAUUUUAUUCUAUCUAUACAAGCCGGAAAAUAAUAAACUGAUAACACUGAAUUUCAAAGACGUUUCUAGAACUAAAGGGAAGCUAUUUCUCAUAACGCAUGGUUGGAUAGAGGACACGACCGAUGAAGAUUGGUAUAUAAUAAUGGCGAAGGCAUUGAUUGGUAAAUUCCCAGACAGUAAAGUUGUUGUGGUAGAUUGGGGUUCUAGCUCAAAUAAAUACCUCUAUGCUUUGUCUGCUGCCAGAACUAAACGCGUUGGUGGCUUGAUAGCGAAAAGACUAGUGGAACUGGUGGUAAAAUAUAAAUUCCCCGUAAAAAAUAUUAUAUUGAUUGGCUACGACUUAGGGGCGCACGUAAGUGGUUAUGCAGGCAGCUCCUUCCAUGAAGCUACCAAUGAAACACUGUCUGAAAUAAUUGCAUUGGAUCCAUCCGGUUUCCUCUUCGAAGGAAAAACUGGGGAAUAUAGGCUAGAUGAAACGGAUGCAGACAAUGUUAUGGUCGUCCAUACCAGCUCUUUCUUGCUAGGAUAUGCUGAUCAAUGUGGUACUAUCGAUUUUUAUCCAAAUGGGGGAUAUUCUCAACCUGGUUGUCAAGCUUGGAACUUCGUGUGUAACCAUCAACGGAGUUACCAGCUUUUCAUCUCUGCAAUAUCCACCCCCAAGGCGUUUCCAACGAAGAAAUGCCUCGGUUCUGAUGAAUUCAAUCUGGGAAAAUGUGUGGAUGAAAACCUAUUUUUUGGGAACAUCUCCGAAACUAGGAGGGGUAAAUAUUACUUCGUUACCACCGACAAUCCUCCCUAUCAUAAUCUACCUUCCCGUACAAGUAAAUUCCUGAGAAGAUGGGGGUGAAAUAAAAAGCAAUAAAAUAUCAUUCAAAUAUUGAAAGUAAAGUUUUAUCCAUAAGCAACAUUCUGGCUAAGUAAAAUAAAAAAAUAAAUAAUUCUGUUGA